CGCACGCUGAAACGGUCAGAAAACGGUCUUCAGUCCGUAAAGAAAAACAAAUAAAGAAAUUCGAGAGAUCUCUCUGUGUGUUUUUGAAUACUUGCUUCUGAAUAUUUGGAAUCUCGAGUGCCGCGUGUGUUAUUUUGAGUUAUCGCGAUUGCGGCUAAGUGCAAUUAGUGCCACAAAUUUAGUGCGAUGAAUUGGGAAAUUUCUUUCUCUGGCCAGGCGCAUCAUUAGAUAAUGAAUUAAACAAAAGAAAUAGAUUAUUAGUGCCAUAGUGAGUGUGAGUUUUUCAGUGCUUGAAUUCCAGCUGCUCCAAGAUUUCCCAGCGAAAUACCAAACAACCGGACAAUCUGCGGCCGCUCACAGAUUUGGAUUCGUUAAAAAGUGAAAAUUCCGCUGGGAAGUGCGAGGGGAAAACAAUCCGACUGCAAAUGCAAUAAGCCGUCGACAAAAGCCCUGUCUAAUCCACAGAAACCAAAAACAAAAAACAAAAAGGAAAGGGAAACGCAGCAUUGAAAACGAGGACAACAGGAGGGUUUUCGCCAGAAUUGCGUUCUUGUACUUUGGACACACGUGCGCCGCGGCUGCGCCCGUGUCCUUGGCAGGUCCUGUGACGUCGCCACUAGGGUCCUCGUCCUCGGCCGCCACCAUGAAGCUGUCCAAGCUGUCCAACCAGACCAACUCGCAGGAUCCGCAGGCGGUCAACUCGCGCAUCUUCGUGGGCAAUCUGAAUACCUUCCAGUGCUCCAAAACGGACGUGGAGCGCAUGUUUCAGAUCUACGGCCGCCUCGCGGGCAUUUCCAUGCACAAGGGCUACGCCUUUGUGCAGUUCACCAAUCCGUUCGAUGCCCGCAACGCCUGCCACGGCGAGGAUGGCAAGACGGUCCUCAGCCAGACAUUAGAUGUCAACAUGGUGGCCGAACCGAAAGCGCAUCAGAUCGGAAGGAAACGCCAGAAUGUGAGCAAAACCGGAAACGAUUGGGACUACUUCUACGACAGCUACUGCUCCUCGGCGCUGUUGCGAGGGGGCGGCGGAGUGGGCGGGGGUGGUUCGAAUGGAGUGCGGGCCAAGAAGCGGAAGCGCCUGAUGACCAACGGCAGCGGAUUGGCGGUGGCCGUGCAGCAGCAACAGCAACAGCAGCAGCAGCAUGGAUUGCAGCCGCAGCAGCAACAGCAGCUGCAACUGCUGCAGAACGUGCAACAGCAGCAGCAGCAGCAUCACCAGCAGCAGCAGCAGCAGCACCACCAGCAACAGGUUGCUGCCGUCGCCAUGGCGGCGAUGGCCAAUUUCCUGCCGCAACAACAGUUGCUGCUGCAUCAGCAGAGUCUGCUCUCGAAUGCGGCGGCGGUGGCGGGCACGGCGACGGCCACUCCGGGCGCCCUCCACUGGUCGCAGUACAAACAGGAGCAGCAGCAGCACCACCCGCAUCCGCACCACCCGCACCACCAGCAACCGUUCGGAUUCCAGCUGAAGAGCAGCGUGGCUGUCCAGGCGACGACAUCGCCGCAAAAUGCAAAGUCAGCGAUAAUUGCUAAUCAAACGGGGCUCGGCGAGCCGUAUCCGGUUGGAGCCGCCUCCUUUGCCUCCUCCCAUCAGCAGCAGCAGCAGCAACAUCAGCAACAGCAGCAGCAACAUCAGCAACCGUUGCUGCAACCGUUGACUCUGGCAUUGUCCCCACAGCAACCGCAGCCCCAUCAGGCGGCGACGCCACUACAAUUGCACAGCCAAUUGAUGCAGCAACAUCAACAGCAGCAACAGCAACAGCAGCAGCAACAACAGCAGCAGCAGCAGCAACAGCAACAGCAGCAACAUGCUCAGGAGCAAUUAAGUUUGCAUCAGCAAUGGGGACCAUUCAAAGUCUACAGCAAUCCGGACACAUUAAUCUGCGGCAAUUGCCGGGAGUCCUUCGGCGAGCUGUCUGAGUUAUUGGACCACAAGAAAAGUUAUUGCAAGCUGAGGUUCACAUGCAAGUGCCAGGAUGUUGCCUUUGCGGCGAGUGCAAAGACUCCACCGACGAGCGCCAAAUUGCUGUGCGCCGUUUGCAAGGAUGCGUUCGCCAAUCCUUGGGAUUUGAUGGUCCACGCACAGGCCGCGCACAUGGUUAACAUUUACGAGCUGGGCGAUGAUGAGGCCAACAGCACCGGCGGCGCCAACAAUGUUGCAACUGCAACGGCGGCCGUGGAGAAUGGACACUCGGCGAUUUCCCCCGAUGAGCUGGCCACAAAGCAGCAGCAGGAGCAGCAGCAGCAGAUGCCAGCAUCAUCAGUGCUUAACAAGGAGCACAAUAACAAUAACAAAAUUAGUAACAACAACAACAACAACACUGAGGCCAGCAACAACAACAAUGGCCACUCGCCAUUGUCGCCCUCGGGAACGGGAAUCAUAAUGGCAUCGGGAUCGGCUGAGAAUGGGAAUGCCAGCGACAUGGACUCCAAUUGCCUGGACAUCAAAUUCAGCCCCAGCGGGAGUCCCAAGGAGGUGGGUUCGAUGCCCAUCCCCUCGCCCGGCAGAGAUUCCCUAAUGAUUCUAUUGCAGGAUCAGCACAGGGACGAUCUCUCCCUGGACGGACGACUCUCGAGCAGUUCGCAGCAGACCCAUCACUCGGAUGAGCUGAAUGUCAAGCUGCUCAACGGCUCCGUCUCCUCGCGGGGCAGCUCCCCCGGAUUGGAGGCGGAUGAGCCGCCGGCCACCAGGGCCUGCAUUGUCCGAACCCUGAGCAUUGAAACUUCUGGGCCAACCGCUGCGCCCACUGCCAACGCCUUGAGCCUGAUGUCGAGCAGCUUGAGUAUGGCCCUCGCACCGCAAUAGGUCAGAGGUCAAUGGGAGGGUCAGAAGCCGCCUUUUCCGAAGUGGUAUCUUGCGCUGUCGUAACCCGAUACAAGUGCAACUUCUUCAGUAUUUUUGUAACAGACUAACCUGGCAGGGAAGCUUAAAAGCCGGGAAACAAACAAGUGGAACGAAUAACGUAAAUUACAGCAAACAUAUCAUUUUAAAUUAGCCAUAGGUAUGACAUACGAGCAGAUAUAUACUGAACUGCUAUAUCAAUUACAGCCCUCAGUACGUUUAUGUGUAAUUGUAAUUGUAAUUGUAAACGGCUUUGUGUUUGUGUUGUCUGCAUGUCCUUUGGGUUUGGCGUUUCAAACGGGAGUGUUUAUUUGGGUUUCAGAACUGCAUAAGUGAACGUAUAGGUAAAAUUGUGGAAAGCUUAAACUGUCAUCGCCUUUCGGCGGUGCUUUUUGAACGGUAAUCGAGCUUUGUAUAUAGUUAAUACCCACAACGAGGAUACAAAUUAUGGAAUUAUAAGAUCAUUGUUAAUACCCAGACAAACAAAGUCUGGCGGCGGCUUUAACCGAUGUUAAUAUUUUUUGGAUAUCAUUUAAGGUAUAACGAAAUCGUAGUUGGAACCAAAUUAACCCACGCAAAUUGUAUAUCAAAAGUAGCAUAGUGACAACAGGUGUUUCAAAAACAAAUUCGGAGAAACUUGCUAUACAUUAUCUAGGAUCGUAAUCAAAUAUGCGUAACAUUACUAUCGACUAUAUUCUGUAAUAACUAUAUCAAAAGUAGCGGCUAUGUAAAUAGGAUAAUCAACGUAUUAUGUACUUACCAAGCAAACAAUUUGUAAACAGUAACAACAUUCAAUUCAAUGUCCUCCAGCUAAAGCAUAUAAACCAAAUAAAAAGUGAAAUGUAUUAUGCAAACGAGAAUACCAAAUAUAUAUAUAGAUAUAUAUUCAAUUGA